AUGUGGAUUUUAGGCCCUACAGCUGGGGGCCAAUCCGGACAAAAAGUGACAAAAUUCGAAACUGCCCAGAGCCAGAGUCCGGACAAAAUCGACGAGAUGUCAAAAAAAAAGCCUCCCAGCCGGUAUUUGGGCAUAAUUGCCAGGUCCAGUCCGGACAAAUUUGGUGCAGAGGCGUCCGGACAAAAACCCAAUUUUCGGGAUCAGGCCUUUUCUGCUAUUGCCCGGGGUCCUCCAACGGUCAAGUGUCCCGGAGGUGUCUAUGUUGAGUGGGAAAUUAUGGAAACAGUCUUCCGCCAGCUUCAUUUUCGUAAGCUGAUGGUCAAUUUCACUCAGGGCCAUUAUCAUGCGCAUAUUUACGCGACAUCAGGUUUCGUGGACGGUGGUGGUACUGCUAGUGCUCUGCCAAGCACAGCACGCAGGAAGGAGCUGGCAUGCAUUAUUGAAAGGAAGGCAUGCCUUGACGUCAUUGUUGCUAAAGGUGGUGAGAGAUUUCCACAUUAUUUUUUCGAGGCUUUUGCCCUGUGGUUGACGUUCAAGGCUAGAAUCGACAGCGUUAUCCAGCAUCCACCCAAUGGUUACGAGCCCAAGAAGGACGGAAAGAUUCAUUGCCUCGGCAAAAGCGCGUUUUUGGAACGCGAUAUGUUGCGUCGUGCCAAUCCUGAGAUCAUCUACAACGAUAGAAAGUAUUAUUAUUUCGUGGACAGGGGUGUUACUUGGAUAGGAACUUACCCAGUGAUCUUCGGAUGUUCAAAAAUCGAAUCUGCGUGGGUGUACGAGGUGUACGAGUGA